AUUCCUCUUCUCCCCUGGAACCACCUAUCAAGGUGGUCGCCCUAUUACUUAGAACAUGAGUGACUGUAGCAGAACCAGCUGAUACUCGAAUGGCUCCUUGCGGAUCUGUCAGAAUUGCGCUUAAGCCAAGAUCCGGAUGCAUUCGCUCCGUGCCCACUGGGAGCUGCGACCGGUUGGUGCAGCGAUAGAGACCUUUGCUAUCGCAGUUAUUGCUCUGAUUGUGCUACAUUCGGACCCUCUGCUUAAUGGCCUCUGGGUUCAGACCAAAUGGUCUUUUCGUCGGUCCCGGGAGAGUAAGAUGCAAUUAAUCGAGGUCGGCGCUGGGCAGGAGGCAAAAGCUCAGCGGGCUGAUUCGCGGAUGAGUCGAGAGUUUGACCUGUAGUCCUAGGUCUGUUACUCGUUCAAUUUGAAUCUCAAACGUUACGCGCUG